GUGAGGAUAGCCGGCCCCGCACGUGUUGGAAGGCCGGGCAUGGGGGCUUCUUGAGGGGAGGAGCGCCUGAGCUUUCGCAGCUGAGAGACCCGCCGCUGUGCAGCCCGACCUGCCCUCGCUGCCGGGAGCCGUGCCCGCGCCCCAGCUCUUCACCCACCAUGUUGCCCUGUGGACCAGCUUUGUCCUUUGUUCGGUGCCUGGUACGGAAGAAGAACGUCGGUGGUGAAAGUCUGGAGGACUCCAAGUUGUGCCGAUGCUUAUCAACGGUGGACCUUAUAGCCCUGGGAGUAGGAAGUACCCUUGGUGCUGGUGUUUACGUCCUUGCUGGAGAAGUAGCCAAAUCUGAUUCUGGACCUAGCAUCGUUGUUUCUUUCCUCAUCGCUGCCCUGGCAUCGGUGAUGGCAGGUCUCUGCUACGCUGAGUUUGGUGCCCGUGUUCCCAAGACUGGUUCUGCGUAUUUGUAUACUUACGUAACUGUUGGUGAACUGUGGGCUUUUAUCACUGGUUGGAAUCUCAUUUUAUCCUAUGUUAUAGGUACAUCAAGUGUAGCAAGAGCCUGGAGUGGCACCUUUGAUGAACUUCUUGGAAAACAGAUUGGUAAUUUCUUUGGAACCUACUUCAAAAUGAAUUACUCUGGACUAGCAGAGUAUCCUGACUUCUUUGCUGUAUUCCUUAUAUUACUUUUAUCAGGUCUUUUAUCUUUUGGAGUAAAAGAAUCUGCAUGGGUGAAUAAAAUAUUCACUGCUGUUAACAUCUUGGUCCUGCUCUUCGUUAUGAUUUCUGGCUUUGUGAAAGGAGAUGCUGACAACUGGAAAAUAAGUGAAGAAUAUCUCAUAAACCUUUCUGCAUUAACAGAGAAUUGGUCCUCCUAUGAGAAUGUGACAAGUAUAUAUGGCAGUGGUGGCUUUAUGCCAUAUGGUUUCUCAGGAACAUUGGCUGGUGCUGCAACUUGUUUUUAUGCUUUUGUAGGAUUUGACUGCAUCGCAACAACUGGAGAAGAGGUCAAGAAUCCUCAGAAAGCCAUACCCAUAGGAAUUGUGGUGUCCCUGCUUGUCUGCUUCAUGGCGUAUUUUGGGGUUUCAGCUGCACUGACACUUAUGAUGCCAUACUAUCUACUAGAUGAGAAAAGUCCUCUGCCAGUAGCAUUUGAGUAUGUUGGAUGGGGUCCUGCCAAAUACAUUGUAGCAGUGGGAUCCCUCUGCGCUUUGUCUACAAGUCUUCUCGGCUCUAUGUUCCCUUUGCCCCGAAUUCUGUUUGCCAUGGCACGCGAUGGUUUACUCUUUAGUUUUCUUGCCAAAGUGAGUAAGAGGCAGGCACCAGUUGCUGCCACCUUGACAGCAGGGGUCAUCUCUGCUAUAAUGGCAUUUCUGUUUGACCUAAAGGCUUUAGUGGACAUGAUGUCUAUUGGUACACUUCUUGCAUAUUCACUCGUGGCAACCUGUGUCCUCAUUCUUAGGUACCAACCCAGCUUAAGCUAUGACCAGCCACAGUAUUCUCCAGAAAAAGCAGCUUUGGCUGCUUCAGAAAGGGGCUCUGCGGGAAGUGAAUCACAGAUAAAUAUGAUACAAGAGAGUAACUUCAGUCUUCAGGCCCUGAUUAAUCCAUCCAGUUUACCUACAGAGCAGACUGCAACUACUGUUAACUUUUUAGUGGGUGUGUUAGCUUUCUUGGUUUGUGGCUUGAGCGUCCUUACAACUUAUGGGAUUCAUUUCAUUGCUAACUUGGAGCCCUGGAGUAUUGGUCUUCUUGCUGUGCUGGUGACAUCCUUCAUAGUUACCAUUCUCCUCAUCCAAAGGCAGCCUCAGAACCAGCAGAAAGUGGCCUUUAUGGUUCCACUAUUGCCAUUUUUGCCAUCAUUCAGUAUCCUAGUAAAUAUUUACUUGAUGGUACAAUUAAGUGGAGACACUUGGAUCAGAUUUAGCUUCUGGAUGGCACUCGGCUUCCUCAUUUACUUUGCUUAUGGCAUCAGGCACAGUCUUGAAGGUCAUCGUAGUGAUGGAGAUGAUGAUUCCUGUUCAGAAAAUAGUGGGUUUCAAGAAAAGAACCCUGUGGAAGAAAUGGAUGAACCUGAAAAUGCAAAUGAAAGUGAUCAGUUUCUUCCACAUGAGAGGACAAGUGAAUGUUAAUCUAUGCAAACAUACAAGUCUUUUAAACCUUUGAUUGACAUUUUACUUGCAGACUGAAAUUUCAAAAGCUUUCUGCCAACAUUGUGCCUCUUGAAAGUGUUUACAACAAGGCCUGGCUGAUAUUUUGGUCAAGCUGCUGAUCCACUGUCAUCACUUCAGAACUGAGAGCAUGGAGAUUAAUAUUUAAAUUAAAAAACAAAUAAGAGAAGUAACCUUUGGCAAGCAAAAAUUUGGAUGCAUUGGUUGAACUGUCAUCCACAACCACUGGCAAUCAUAACAUGAAGAACUCUAGAAGUGCCUGCAAGAAGUUCUGAAUUUGACACUGCAUUUUGAACACAAGUGCCUUUUGUGCCUUCUCUUUUUCUGUGUUUUGUGUUUUGGUCUCUUUUUUCUACAGAAGUAACUCUGACAGGAGAUAACAUGCAGACAGGCCUGGGAAGUAUUUGCAAAAAGGGUGGUAAUUGUACAGAUUUGAUAUUUUGCAAAAAGUAGGGGAUCAUGUAUUUAUACAAAAAGAAAUAUUGCUUACCCUUACUAAGAGUAGUACUCUGUAUUACGAAGAGUAGUACUCUGUAGUACGAAGAGUAGUUAUGUUGUUUUCUGCAGAAGCAUCUGAGAAAUAAUCUGUUGGUCACAGUAUUGACAGUGACAUUCGUAUAUUGUGCUUCUGAUUUCAGAAAGGCUGGGAUGUUAUCCCUGACUACAUAAUUAAGUAUUUACAUACAGCAGUCAUAAUUUAUUCCCCCUAUACUUUCUUCUCCUUUAUCAUGUUCCAGAACUGAUAUUUCUGAGGUUAGUUGUUACACAUUGCUUCUCCUCUGAAAAAUUAAUGCACAAAAUCCCAGAUUUAUUUUCAGAUGGAAAGGGGUGUUAAAAAAAGAGGCCCAGGCUUUGGAAAAAAUCCUGAUGAAAACAAUUAUUUCAGUGCUUCACUAAGCCUUUACUACAUAGUAAUUUUCUGUGAGCCAAGUCUACAUCCACAAAUUCAUCCAUGUGGUUAGGAUGUCCAAAUGCUAAUCUAUGUAAAGAGCCAAAUGAUUGUAGCAGUGCUGGGUGAACAGUUAGUUUAAAGCUAGUGCAAAUGGAAACUGUUCUUCUUUCAACAUAAAAGUCAUGUCACCUGUCAAAGUCACCGAGGUAUUCUAGCACUUUUUCUCAGCAAGUAGUAAGCUGAAUGUCCCAUGAAGGAUUCCACAAAAUGAAGUUAUUUUGCAAGAAUAUAUUUAUAAAAAUAACUUCCCUACAGUAAAAACUGUCUUGGACUUGUCAUGGAAUAUUGCAAUCUAAUGCUGGUAUUAAUAAUUGGUAUUAAUCUCUGUAGAUCUCAUGAGAGCUGUGCUGGUUGACAGUGAAAUGCACCUUAGUUUUUGUAAGAGCCAGAAUUUCAGAAUUAAAAAACAAAAAAAAAGGACCUAGUUAAGCUGCUUCUGUCCCCCGUUCUUUUUCACAGCUGUAGAUUCAUGCUUUUUAAUCUUGAAACAGCUUCAGUUGUAUGAGUUGUACAUGCCUAACUGUUAAAGGGCAGAAGAAGUGCUUCUUGAUAGGGAACUCUGCAAUGGGCUGAUACUCCACCGUCUGAACCAGGUCUGAGGUUUUCAGCCUGAUCCUUUCUUAGCUUGACCUGUGAGGAGAGGGUCCUGUAGUGCGGGCAGUAGCGUGUGGAUCCGUGUCUGCUGUUGCACCAGUGGCCUCUACUGGCUACUCAGGAGUAGCAAUCUGAAAACCUAAGAGGCAUGAACAGGGAAAACACCUCCCUCUUGUCUGAGGUUCCAUCAUAUACGUCCACCAGCUGCAACUGCUGUUGUCCUAAGGACUGUUCUAGCGAUUGGUGGUCCUUAAAAGUGGAUGGGACACAGAGGAUGAGGAGAAACUAUAGGGUAGGUGGCAGUGGGAUAUUGUUUCUUGAUAAAUCGUAAUGCCUCCAGAAUGGAUCAUAAUUUUUUUUUGCCACUUCUUUCCAAAAUUCGUCAUCAUUUACAAGAUGUCAUUAAGGAAGGACUCAAAUCUCAUAUUAGACUAAUACAAGUAGGUAACAUGUUAAGUAAAUAUUUGGUUGAUAGGAAUGGAUAGGAAUUCUCAGGGCAGUUCCUUGAGCUAUUGGUAAUUUUCAGUACCUCUAUUCAGUGAAUGAAGGAGCUGUCUUAUGUCAGUUGGAUCUGCUAUUUUAAUUGUACUUCCCAACUGGGGCCUAUUUUUAUGCCAAAAAUUACAAAAGAACUGUAUGUUCUUGUUUGAAAUACUAGGAAUUUAAGACUUUCCAGGCUCUUUAAAGGAAUCCAAAACAGUAAUCCUUAGAUAUGUCAAAACAAAGUACCAAAGCAUCAAAUAUAUGAAUAUAUGUUCAGUUGUUUUUAAUCUAACAGGUAUUUGAAAUACAGAAGCUGAUGCUUUUCCUGAAGCACAGCUUUUUCAGUGGUUAUACUUUCAGAGGACAUUCUUAACCUGUCCUGCCCAGGACUCAGCUUAAAUCCUCAGCUGCAAAAAAUGCCAUUGCUGAGGGAGCAGGUCAGCAGUGCUCAGGCAAAGCUUUUGCAUGAUGCGUUUACACACCUACAGCGAAACACAGCUCUUUAAAAAUGCCUUACACAUCUCAGUGUGUGAGAAGAAAGACUGACUUUUUUUCUGUGAUUGCUGAUGCUGCAGAGCAGGCAAGCCAGGCUCCCAAGAUACAAACUGCUGCUGUUCUGUGAUGUGCAAGGAAGAUCCCAUUUCCCCUCCCUAAGGCCCUCAUAUAGAAUGUAUAUGUGCAUGCCUGUCUAUAUGUUUGCAUCUGACAUUAGCCCAUAGUGAUUUUGAUGUACUGAUUAACAUAAUUUCUAUACUGCACUGGAAUUUUCCUUUGAAAGGGAUGCUGUCAAUAUAAUAAACUUCUACUAAGCAAGUUCUAGCUAAAGCUCUUGGAGAUAAUUAGAGAAAACAAAUUUUCCAGCUUGUUUGCCUAAUGGAUGUGUCAGCACUUUGUGUAUUGACAGCUUCCCCUUUCAUUUGUAUAAAUAUUUCUUCCCUCUUGUUACAUAAAUGAAUGAUAUAAAAUAGAAGAAUGUGCCUGUACAAAUGUUGCUAAGGGAGAUGGGAGCAGCUGCAGCACAGGAACUAUCCUAUCCACUAAACUAAUGUGAUAUAAAAUUAAAGUCAUUUGGUAUUCUCAGUCACUUCAACUGCAUAAAGCUUAUUUAUAUGUGUGUGUAGUUAAAAGUCAUUACUAGUCAGUGGCUGAGUAAGAACAAGCCAGAAGUAAGAUACUUACGCUAAUAUUGGUAUGCAUUUUUAUAUGCAAUCUUGAAAUUCCAGAUGCUUUAGUUGAGCUUUGCAGGAGCAGGCUGUGUGAAGGACUGGCAUGCUAGUCCAUGUAUGAAACAAAUCCUGAUCGUUUCUUGCAUUUGCUGAGAGAGCAGCUGGAAGCACAAGUCUGGUGGAAUGAAAUAGUUGUCAUUUUUUUUUAACAUAGCUGUUGAUAUCGUCAGUUGUUCUGUGCAAAUAAUAAUGGUAUGUGUUAUUACAAAAUAUCUGUUACUGGAGGUAGCUUAUUGUGGUUUUUUUCCUUUGUGGAAAAAAAAUCCUCCAAAUCAUAUAUUUGCAUUUGUACAGUCUGUGUAUGCCUUUAGAUAGAGAAAUUAUUCUUAUCUAGUUGCAUUUAAGAAAGUAAGCCAAAGCAUAUUUAAGGGAGAGCAAAUACCUAUUUUUGUUCUGAAGGAUAAGAAAUAACAUUUCUAUGUAAUUCCUGUUAACUAAAGUGAUCUUUUUGUAUUUCUGUCCUAAUUCUGCAAUAGGUAAUUUUAUGAGGUGUCUUAGAUUUAGUUGUCUGUUAUCCUGGAUAAAACUAUUUUGUUAAUAGUAGUAUGCUUUUUCCUGCACAUCAAAUGCUGGUUAGAUUCCUGAAAUCUGUCAUACUGUGUUUAUGUCACCAUGUGUUAAUGACAUUUACAUUACCUGCUUUUAGAGAAUUAUCAGUAAUAAAUGUCAAUACGAGUGAUACAGGGUUACUUACGUACUUACUUAGGAAUUUAACUAUGCCAUCCAGAAACAUCAAAUGAUACAAUGAAUUAGAGGCAAAAUUUGGUAAAGUUUAGAUAAAUACACAAGGCUAGCGACCUUUCCCCUAAAUUUUAUGCAAAGAUACAUAUAUUUUUUAAGAAAUAAAAUGCAUACUGUUUUCAUGGAGGUUUAAAGAAGUGCCAAUAUAAAAUGUGCUGUAAGCAUCCCGAGACACAACCUGGUGAAAUCUGUGACAGUGCAGAAAAUCUGUCUGGGACUGUGCAAUCGUUUUAAUCCUCCGUGAUGCCUUUGGCAUAGAGGUACCUUUUGUGCAGUAGGAAUUUAAUUCACAUGAUGGCUGGUAUGUGUUAUUUGGUUACAUACAAAAGAAAAUAAAAGCACCUUUUAAUGUUCUUGGGCCCUGAUUCUUCCUAGACUUGCCAGGAAGUUUGUUGAAAUUGUAAUAUGUUAAUUGAAAGCACUGGCAUUACUCAGUGUUAGGCAAAUAUAUAUUUUACAGAAAGAGCAGGUGGUAUUUCACAUAUUUGUUUUUAAUUUCCUGUACCUUUAGUAUUUCUUUCUGGUAUAUGUUUUGAGGACCUCUGCAUUUUUAGUAGUUGCACCUUUUCAAAGCUACAUAUAAUGCCUUUGCCAUCUCCUGAUCUGUUUUCCAUUUGAUUUUAGAAAGCAAACUCCUUAACAUUAGCUAAGUCAAAGGAUUUUUGUGCAUGGACACAAGUUACAAAGAACUGUGUAUAUAUAUCAUUAUUUUUAUUGUAAAUGGACAAAUUCUGUUGUCCUUGUAUGUUUUCAUUGAGCCUUGUGCCAGGUAAACUCCAGCUUCACCAAGUUUAGUUGGAGUCAGGACAAAGGAUAAAAGGUUUUGAACAUUCAGGAGGGCUUUUUUCUUUUGUGUUAACAGAAAGUAAAGCAUGAAAUAUGUGUUACAUGUCUUUAAAAGUAGUUAUGUUUGCAUCAUUUUAAAACAUUAGUGUUCAUACCCAUUUUAACUUUUCCUUUUGUUCAUAUGUGCAUUGUAGUGAUUCUUUCUGUAUUAUAUGCUGCUGAGCAUUUAAAAUGUAGAUAGAAUGAUUAUGAUGCAACUUAACUACAAAUUUGUAUUUCUUUGAUGUGCUCUACCAAAAAGAAAACUCUUGAAUUUCUAUGAAUGUAAAAAUGCUUAUAUUUUAAAAUAUGGUGCUUUGUUUUUGUUGUUUUUUUUUUCACUUUUACAAUAGAAUUGUAAUCAGCAGUAUUUUUAGUUACCAUAGUUCCAGAUUCUGAUGGAAAUUACAUUGCUUGUCAUUUACUGUAACGUGCUUCAUGGGAUAACGAUUUUGCAUUUGUUCCGUAUUUUUUAAAUAAAGCUGAAGAUCACUCA